AUGCGAAAACUUUUUGUGCUGCCAGCGUACUUUAUCCUGGGCUGCUUCACCAGCCCAGUUACCCAGCACGUGAAUGCCGUGGACCAAAAGGCAGCCUCUGAAUUGGCCUCUUUCACAGACGCCUUCGACUUGACUGAUCCGAUUACUCCGUCCUCAUUGCAGUGCCUUCGCGACGGGUACAAAACGGCUUUCAUAAGAGCUUAUACGAGUCUCGGUCAAGGGAAAGUCGAUCCCAAUGCCGUUGCCAACAUUAAGUUAGCCGCUGCUGUUGGACUCCGCGUUGAAGUGUUCAUGGCUCCUCAAUCUUACUCAAACAAAACUGGCGCUCAACAAUUGGAUGAGAUGUAUAGCUCCCUUUUGGACUCAAAUAUUGUAGUCAAAUCUGUGUGGCUUCAGGUAAUCUUA